AAAUUUGCUACAUUUUAUGUGUAUUGAAAAAAAGUUUUAUCAAACGAAUUUCUCCCGCCAUGUCAAUGAUGUAAACAGGGGGUCAUCUCAUUCACACGAAAAUUGCUUAAAUAAAGUAUCACUAUUCAUAUGUUUUUCAUCCGAUAUUUUGUUAGAACUAAGAUAGUUCUUGAAAAAUUUGCGAUUUGAUAUACAUGUCUCGAUGUAUGGAAGGCCGUACACGUCAUAAUGUUACAAUGUUAGUCUAUGGGAAAAAAAUUGGUGGUCUGUAACCAAGAGUACAUAACUCCAUCAAGGAUUCUGGCUGCAUUAUGGCCCCUUUUGAUUUAGAAAUCUUGGUUAAGUUUUUCGUACCAGUUCAUACUUUGUGUAAAGUGUUUGACAUAUGGCUUUGAAACUUUUAUCUCUUGUUCAGUAUAAUAGUCUCUAUCUGUAGGCAAGAGUACAUAAUUCUGUCAACUAUUUUGGCUGAAUUAUGGCUCUUUUUAUACCCCCACCAAACAUGUUUGAGGGGGGUAUAUAGGAGUCAGUUUUGUCGCGUCCCGUCCCGUCCCGUCCCGUCGCGUCCCGAAAUCUAUUAUCUCAGUUAUUACCAAAUGGAUUUGAUUCAAACUUAAAAUACAUGUUCCACCUUAUCACCCACAUCAUGUGCCCACAUCAUGUGACACAAGGUGCAUAACUCUGACACCAAGUUUUCAUGAAUUAUGUCCCUUUUUACUUAGAAUUUAAGGUUGAUUUUGAUGUAUUUUCACUUUAUCUCAGUUACUACUGAAUGGAUUUGAUUCAAACUUAAAAUAGAUGUUCCACCUCAUCACCCACAUCAUGUGCCCACAUCAUGUGACACAAGGUGCAUAACUCUGACACCAAGUUUUCAUGAAUUAUGUCCCCUUUUACUUAGAAUUUAAGGUUAAUUUUGUUGUAUUUUCACUAUAUCUCAGUUAUUACUAAAUAGAUUUGAUUUAAACUUAAAAUAGUUGUUCCGCCUCAUCACCCAGAUGAUGUGACAUAAGGUGCUUAACUCUGACAUAAAUUUUUAUGAAUUAUGUCCCCUUUUACUAUAAAUUUAAGGUUGAUUUUUAUGUAUUUUCACUAUAUCUCAAUUAUUACAAAAUGGAUUUGAUUCAAACUUAAAAUAGAUGUUACACCUAAUCACCCACAUCAUGUGACACAAGGUGCAUAACUCUGACACCAAUUUUUAAUGAAUUAUGCCCUUUUUUACUUAGAAUUUAAGGUUAAUUUUGAUGUAUUUUCACUAUAUCUCAAUUACUACUGAAUGGAUUUGAUUCAGACUUAAAAUAGAUGUUCCACCUGAUCACCCACAUCAUGUGACACAAGGUGCAUAACUCUGACACUAUUUUUCUUGAAUUGUGUCCCCUUUUACCUAGAAUUUAAGGUUAAUUUUGAUGUAUUUUCACUAUGUCUCAUUCUGAUUGGCUUAGAGCCAAAGGGAAGUAACCUUUUUUUAACCUUUGUACUGAGUUUUUUCCCCUUAAAUUCCAGGAAUUAGUCUAUUUUUAGAAAUCCUUUUUUUAGAUUUUCAGUAUUUUAGGUAUUUUUCUAACUUUUUUAUUAUAAGUCCUAUGUAAAAAGUAAAAACAUUUUUCCGUGGUAACAUGGGUCGGUAAGACACUUUUUUGUAUUCACUUUUAGUGUAUCUCUAAUAUUAGAGAUUUAAUAUAUUUACUAGUAUUACUAUACUAGUAUUAUACUAGUAUUACUUUUAUGUGGAAGCCCAGGAUGAAGUACUCCAAAGUAUUUUUAAGAUUCCUUAUGGUUGCCAUUCUUCUGUGACAAGACCGUAUGGUGGGGGUAUGAGUCACUCCUGUGACAGUUCUAGUUGGACUUGGAAAUUGGUUCUGUUUUCGUACAAGUCCACGUUUUGUCAAAACUAUUUGACAUAUGGCUUUUAAACUUUGAACACUUGCUUAUCAUCAUGAUUUCCAUAUGUAGGCAAGAGUGCAUAACUCUGACAACUAUUUUGGCUGAAUUAUGACCCUUUUUAGACUGGAAAUCAGUUAAAUUUUUCAUACCAGUUCAUAUUUUGCCUAACCUGUUUGUCAUAUGACUUUGAAACUUUGACCACUUGUUUACCAUCAUAGUCUACAUUAUGUAGGCAAGACUUCAUAACUAGGCCAAGGACUUUAAUUCAGUUUAGCCCUUUUUUCUGACAUAGAAAUAAGUUAAGUUUCGCAUACGAUUCCAUAUUUUGUCUGAACUGUUUGAUAUAUGACUUUGAAAAUUUUAACACUUCAUUACCAUCAUGGUCACACAUUGCCAUUUAGUGCAAGACUUAUCCAAAUCCACAAAUGCAGAAAUAUUGUUUGUCUAAUCUAUGUUUUUCUUUUGUCUGAAAAUCUGUGGUAAUAUCUUGACCCCAUUCUUCAAAUAGUCGAGCACGCUGUCAUCCGACAGCUCUUGUUUUAUACAGAUUUCAAUACUCAUCUUGAAUAGUCUUAAUCUUGACCUUCUGACCUACUUUCUUGUUUUUGAAGAUACAGCAUGGAAAUUUGGACCACAUGUAGAACUUUUGAUACAGAUUUCAAUACUCAUCUUAAAUAUUAACCUGGACCUACUGACCUACUUUCUUGUUUUGAAGCUACAGCAAAGGGAUUGGACCACCUGUAUAAUUUUUUUAACAGAUUUCAGGACUUAUCUUGAAGAAUCUUUACCAUGACCUUCUCACCUAGUUCUCUUUAUUUUUGAAGCUUUAGCAAAGAAAUUUGUUCAAGCAAGCAAUUAAACUCAGGUGAGUGAUAUAGGGCCAUCGUGGCCCUCUUGUUUUUCGUAUACAUUGUGUCUUUCAAACUUCAAAAUCUCCGCUUAAACAGCAAUUCUGACAUAUAGUUUUGAAGGAUGAUUGGAAAGAUUGAUAAAUGUAAUGGAUAAAGAAAUUAUCUUUGUUUUGCAAUAUUUCUAAAGAAAUGCGGCUGUAAACUUUAUAAUUGCCAAAAUUAGCGUAAAGUUUAACAUUUAACUUCUCAGUUUCCCCUUGAAUUGGCAUCUUUUCAGGAUUUUAAAUCGGCUUUUGAAGCUUCAUUUAUUACAUGAUAAGGCAAGUUAUGUAAUUUUACCAAAUAUUUGUUUUUAUAGACCAAACUGAGGAGUUUACCAACGCCACUAAUGUUUUCAAAUCAUUGUAUCAUGAACAUAUCCGGUUACUUAGUGUGUGCAAACUAUUUCUUUAUUGGAGAGAGUGAACAUAACUUUGGAAAUGUUUUUGAAUUUACAGUAUUUGAUUUUGAAAUGUGUGGUCAUUGUUCUUUCCUACUGAUGUGUUUGGGCUUCCUCUAGCGAAGUUUAGCCUGUUCAGGUUAAAAUACAAAUAGAAAGAAUUUAUAACUAGAAAUGUCUGAGGAAGAAGAGAACAUAUUGAAGAUUCUUAUUGCUACAGACAAUCACCUUGGUUACGCUGAGAAAGAUCCUGUACGUGGCAACGACUCACUUGUGACUUUUGAAGAAAUACUUGAAAAUGCUAGAAAACAUGAUGUUGACUUUGUGCUUCUUGGAGGUGAUCUUUACCACGAAAACAAACCAUCUCGGAAAACUUUACAUGGUUCUAUGGCACUCCUAAGAAAUUAUUGUCUAGGAGAUAAACCUGUUCAGUUUGAAUUUCUCAGUGAUCAAUCAAAAAACUUUGAGCACUGUGAGUUCCCUGUACUGAAUUAUGAAGAUCCAAAUUUGAACAUAUCUAUACCAGUAUUCUCUAUCCAUGGUAACCAUGACGACCCGACAGGUCAAGGUAAUCUGUGUUCUCUUGAUCUUUUACAUAGUGCUGGAUAUGUAAACUAUUUUGGGAAAACGACUUCUCUAGACAAAAUUCAGGUAAGUCCAUUGCUGUUCCAAAAAGGGAACACGAAACUUGCCAUGUAUGGCCUUGGUGCUAUUCGUGAUGAACGAUUGCAUAGAAUGUUUUUACAUGAAAAUGUAACUAUGCUUAGGCCAAAAGAAGACAAAGACAAAUGGUUUAAUUUGUUUGUGAUACAUCAGAACAGAUCAAAACAUGGACAGACAAACCACAUACCAGAACAAUUUCUUGAUGAUUUUCUAGACCUAAUUCUUUGGGGUCAUGAACAUGAGUGUAGAAUAGAAAAGGAAAGGAGCGAAACACAAAACUUCCACGUCACCCAGCCAGGAAGCAGUAUUGCCACCUCAUUGAGUGCAAGUGAAACUGCUCUAAAGUAUUGUGGUGUGCUGGAAAUCAAAGAAAAAGAUUUUAGUAUUCAGAAAAUUCGACUGGAGACUGUACGUCAGUUCUACAUGGAGGAUGUCAUCCUGAGAGAAACCAAUCUAGACCCAGAUGAUCAUGACAUCACAAAGAAAAUGGAGGCAUUUUGCCAACAGAAAGUUGAAAGUCUUCUGGAAAAAGCAGCCCGAGAGCAUACAGGAAACAGGAAACAGCCGCGCCAACCUUUGAUAAGGAUACGAGUGGACUACAGCGGUGGGUUUGAACCUUUCAGUCAGCAUAGGUUUGGUCAGAAGUUUGUUGACAGAGUUGCCAAUCCAAAAGACAUGAUCUACUUUAUGAAGAAGAAACCUACAGCAACUAAGAAGGAAGGCAUAAACCAUGGACUGGAUGAGUUUGAUCUACAGAAGUCAGAUUCUGCUAUACUGGAAGAAAUUGUAAAAGAAUACUUUAGUAAAGCACAAGAAGAAGACAAGCUUCAGGUGUUAACAGAGAAAGGUAUAGGUGAUGCUGUGAAAGAAUUUGUAGACAAGGAAGAGAAAGAUGCCAUCACAGAACUUGUGAAAAACCAGCUUAAGAAAACUCAGGAAUACUUGAAGGAAAGAAGAACAAAUGAGGAUAUUAUUGAUGAAGAAGUUCAACGUUAUAAAAAACAGCGACAGAAGAGGAAGGAAGAAGACCAUGAAAUACAAAUGGAAGAUAUUUCCAUUGAUAGAGGCACUGAAAUGAAUGGACAUGAUAACAUACCUGAUCAGAAUGAGGUGUCUACUUCAGCUAGAGGUUGUGGAAGAGGUCGGGGGUUGCAUGCACUUGGCGGACGUGGAGCUAGAGGUGGGAGAGGGAAGAGUUCAAGUGCACGAGGAUCCAGAGGUAAAAGAGGCGGCAGAAGUAAGGUUCAAGUGAAUGAGCGUCAGAUGUCAGUUAUGAAUUCUUUUCCAUCUUCUAGUAAAGCUGGAACUAAUGGAGUGUCAGCUACUUGUCAUAUAAUAUCUGACUCUGAUGAUAAUGAUGCAGUAACAGUUGCUGAUGAGUCUAGUGAUGAUGACCUGCUCGUGAUACCAAUUUCUACGUGUAAAGCCCUGUCUUCAACCUGUAAACUCCAGCCCGUAACCAAACGAGCUCCGGUAAAUAGCAAAAGUGGGAAGAGAGGGGAUGUACGAUAUGACUCUGGGUCUGAUGAUGAUUUCGCACCAGUCAGGAAGAAAACAAGAUAAAUAUUUCAAAAGGUUUAAAUGAAAUUUAUCAUCUGGAAUCAACAUAUUAAAAUGAAUACUGGUAUAUCAAUACAGAACACAUUUCAUGUAAUACGGGUAGUCAGCGGUAACUAGCCAUUUUACCAGUAUGUGUUAUGUGGAGUUCUGAACUUUUUCUUAUUAAAUUGAAAACGUUCAAGAAAAGUACCUAGACUGUGUUAAUAAUGUGAAACAUUGUAUAGCAUUAUCAAGGUGCAGAUAUUCAUCUCACAAUUCAGCUAGAAUAGGAUCGAUUUAGAAAUAUUGCUUGUGUACAAAAUAUACUAUGAAUAGAAUUGAAACAAUA